GAGGCACUGCGGGAGGGGACCGGGAAGCCGGGACCACGCUGAUCCUCUUUCCAUCCUUCCGUCUCUUCCUUGCCCAAGUCACUCCUUGCUCAAAGACGAUUCUCCCUGUGAGCCGGGAGGACCAGUGGAACGCGGGCUCAGCUCUGCCCCCAUACCCGAAAGUGCCCACAGAGUUCUGUCUUUGUCCUUUACUUGCUCCAGAAUUUGUGUUGGGAUCCUUUGGAGCAGCUCCUGGGAAUCUUUGCGGCAGGACAUGGGGACAGGGCGAGCCCUUGGGCUGUUCCUUGGGUGUGGGGCCGGUCCUGGGGGGUCCCAACCUCCGAGCAGACCCAGGGCAGCCCUGAGAUCACCCAGGGAGGGGGCAGAGCUGGAGGUCAGCUCAGGGAACCUCUUCCCUCCGUGCUCUCCCAAAAUGCCUGCACAGAGCACGGCAUGGAUCCAGGCUCCGGCUGCUGAGCCAGGUUUAUGUAAGCUGCUGAUUUGCAGUAUCAAGAGACAUCCAAGAACCGGCUUGUCUUUGGAAAAUGUACAAAUCCGUGGCAUCUGCCACCGAGCAAUUGCUGUAGCAGCAGCCCAGGAUUUGUCUUGGUCCCAGCCCCUUGGAGAGGUUCUGCCAUCUCCCAGCUUGGCUGCGAGUCCGCGUUGAGCACUUUUCAGGAGCAAGGACAGAGCAGGAGUGCCAAAGGCUCUGUCCCUCUGUCCCUCUGUCCCUCUGUCCCUCUGUCCUUCAGGGAUCUGGUGCUGCUGUUCCCCAGCACCCCCGGGCUGUUCCCUGUGUGGCCCCACAGCCCCUCCAGCCCCGGCUCUGCGGGGCCCCUGCACGGGAACUCCUCCCUCGGCAGCUGCAGGAUGCGGGGCUGGCGGGUCCCCAGGGUGUGACAGCCCUGCCUUUCCUGUUGUUGACAGCAGCCCCACGUCCCUGCACCUCCCUGGGCAGCGGCUGAGCCCUUCUGCUGCCUGGAGAGCUCAGGUGGAGAUGGCACGGGCAGUGUGCCACGGUAGGGGAGGUGGCUGGGGAUAAUGCUGCUUGUUCCAGGAGCCAGGGACUGGGGGAGAGAGAUGACUUCCAGACUCCUGGAGAGACAAGGAUACGGUCCUGCCCUGCCUGCUGACCCAAACCAGGCAUUUAGCGGUGGCUUGGCAGUGCCGGGUUGGACUCCGUGAUCUUAGAGAGCUUUUCCAAUCUAAACAAUUCUAUGGUUCCAUGUGUGAUCUGGCUUGGGAUCAUUUUCAAUCACCUGGGACUGGGGCAAUGGCUUGGGAUGCCCUGCAGCCAGCCGGGAUCGGGGCGGUGGGCUGUGUUUUCUGGCAGCUCUGACACGGUUUUGACGGUUUGUGCUGCAGGAGGGAGCAGCGGGAGCUCACCAUGGCCCUGGCAGAGCCCGCGAGCUGUGCCAAAGGCGGCGAGGACAGCAGCCCCUUCCCCGAGAUCAUCGAGCUGAACGUGGGCGGGCAGGUGUACAUCACCCGGCUGCCCACGCUGCUCAGCGUGCCCGGCUCGCGCCUCUGGCAGAUGUUCACGCAGCAGAGCACGCGCUCGCUGGCCCGCGACAGCAAGGGCCGCUUCUUCGUGGACCGGGACGGGUUCCUGUUCCGCUACAUCCUGGAUUACAUGAGGGACCAGCAGCUGGUGCUGCCCGAGCACUUCCCGGAGCGCGGCCGCCUGCAGCGCGAGGCCGAGUACUUCAUGCUGCCCGAGCUGGUGAAGCUGCUGGUGCCCAAGCUCAGCGAGCAGAACUCGCUGGGGGACGAUCCGUGCCAGAGCGACCCCGAGGAGCCGUCCCCGGGCGCGGACGCCGCGCGCAGCCUGGGCUCGGCCGCUGCCGCCGCUCUGCCCAGCGCGGGCACCGAGGGCCGCAGGGCGGGGUUCAUCACCAUCGGCUACCGCGGCUCCUACACGCUGGGCAGGGACAGCCAGACGGACGCCAAGUUCCGCAGGGUGGCCCGGAUCAUGGUGUGCGGCAAGACCUCGCUGGCCAAGGAGGUCUUUGGGGACACCUUGAACGAGAGCAGGGACCCGGACAGGCCCCCGGAGAGGUACACGUCCAGGUACUACCUCAAAUUCACCUUCCUGGAGCAAGCCUUUGACAAACUGGCCGAUGCCGGCUUCCACAUGGUGGCCUGCAACUCCACGGGCACCUGUGCCUUCGCCCACGAGCAGACGGACGACAGGAUCUGGACCUCUUACACCGAAUAUGUUUUCUAUCGUGAGUGACACAAAACCAACCCUCCGCCAACCAACCGCUGACUGUCCCUUUCCUGUCCCGUGCUGGCUGUGGCCUAGAAGGUAGAGAUCCAUCCCCGAAUCCCGGCGUCCUCCCUUUGCCUCCUUUUCAGUUGGUUCUUGGGUUUUUUCCCCUCCUCCUUGCUCCACGUUGAACCUGCCCAGCUCUUCCUUGUAGCAGCUGCUGACCACCAACCUUCCUCCCUCUCCGUGACCUCUGCAGUGGCUCCCAACCCUCCCUGGAUGUGCGGACUCGGACACUGCUGUGGACGUGGGCUGGGUGGGAGGGGUGGGACACACUGGACACUGCUCUGGGAUGCCAUUCCUGCAGCUGGAUGGGCUCGGACACUGGACUGGGCUCUGUGUCCCGUGCAGCUCCACAGGAUCCUGCUGCACUCACCGGGGAUUCAGAGAGGAAUCCUUGGGAUAAAAACAUGGGAAAGGUGGGAAGCAGAGCCGGGGAGGGGGUGGGGAAGUGGCAGCCUGGCAGCACGGCUGGAUUGGCAGGAGCCCUGUAAGCAGCUUAGCCUGAGGCUGGCAGCGCUUGGCAAGGGGAGAGGCUCCCCCUGUGCUCGCAGCUCUGAGCUCAGACAUCGCCGCGGCUCCGGGGUGCUCGGGAGGGAUU